GGAGAUGUACAGCAGUAGAUUCAAACAUGGAGAUCAUCCACUCAUGUUUUAAAGCUCAAAUAGGUGAGGUGGUUUUACCUGGAGAUGUUUUCUCCUUCGAUGUUUCAUCAGUGGAGCAGGACAGCGCUGUUAAAGCUGAGAAGAUCAUUUGUGGACCCGGACUGAGACGAAAUGCAGAAGAAAUCCUGGUGUACAAAAGUGGGAUCCUCCGCCACAAACACCCCAACCUGUACUGGAUAGAUUCUCAACAAAAGCGGUAUGUUCCAGCUAAAGGUGAGUCUGUGAUUGGCAUCAUCACAGCAAAGGCCGGAGACAUCUUUAAAGUAGACGUGGGUGGCAGUGAACAGGCUUCCCUGUCCUACUUGGCAUUUGAGGGAGCAACAAAAAGGAACAGACCCAAUGUACAGGUGGGGGAUCUGGUGUACGCACAGUUUAUUAUUGCUAAUAAAGACAUGGAACCGGAGCUGGUGUGUAUAGACAGCUGUGGUCGAGCAAACGGGAUGGGAGUUUUUGGAUCAGACGGACUUCUGUUCAGGGUUUCUCUUGGAUUAGUGCGCAGACUGCUUGCCCCUCAGAGUGAGAUAGUAAAGGACCUGGGAAGCAUCUUUCCCUUUGAGAUGGUGGUGGGCAUGAACGGCCGGGUUUGGGUGAAAGCUAAGACUGUUCAGCACACACUGAUCGUAGCUAAUCUUCUGGAGAGCUGCGAGAACAUGACAGCACAGCAAAGAAAAGUUCUGUUCAAGAAAGUGGCAGAAGGUUCCCUCUAGUGCAUCUACCAUGUACUGUUUCUCAAUGACCAUCCUGAACUCAUCCUGAUUUUCAUCUUACAAGACCAUUCUACUGCUUUUAUUUAAAAAGGCACGUGGUCAGUGUGCCCAGUAAAGUACGACUGCGGCUUUUGUAAUGUUUAUGCUGGUGAUACUGGUUCAGCAGCCCAGGCAUAUGGACAGAGCUUUUCUCUUAGUGUUUGACUAGUAUUUUUAUACAAAAUAAAUUAAACACUGUGUGUAACGAAUACAAUUGUAUUGAUUACCUUUGAUAUUGAUUACUCAAUCAGUAUAAUUUCCAAGAUGCCUUUUUUCAUCAGCAUGCUGAUUAAUUUUAUGCAGUUUGGGAUGUAGCUAAAAUGAUGAGUGUGCUAAAAUAUUUUUGCACUUUGGACAUAAAUGUUGAACAAAUAAUAUUAAUGUCAUUUAUAAGCAGUAGUCGGAUUAUUAUGAAGACAUAGUAAAAUUUUUAAAUCACAUAAUCAUAAAUAUGUAGUAUAAUAUAUUAGUAAGAUAUUCCUAAACAGUUCUUAUAAUUUUCUUUGGGCAUUAUAAAAAUAAUAAACCUGGAUUAAGUUUAGAUUAGCUUUGUGCUAUAAAGAUGGAUACUUUAGUUUAUUUACAAAGAAAUUACACUGGAUUAUUUCUGCUAAGAGCAAUCCUGACAGACUUACACCUCUCUUGAGUUUUUACUCUUUUUUCAUACAAGUACAACUUUGAUAAAAAAUGUAUAACGGUGAUGCUGGAAUCAACAAUA